AAUACUCUUAGUUUACCGUAUACCAUUAUCCGGCGACGUGUAUAAUUUACGAAGUAUAACGGACUACUGUACUUGUAACAUUUAAAACAGGUACUAGAUAAAUCUGAAAAAGAAAGGGCACAUAUUCCGCUGAAGAUGAAUUUGGUCGAGGUAAAAAAGUUGAAAGUGGCCGAAUUGCGGGCCGAGCUCCAGCAACGAGGCCUGGACACGAAAGGACUUAAGGCCGACCUUGUACAGCGCCUAAUGUCUGCCAUUGAGGCCGAAUCCCAGGCUGCGUUGUCAGUCGAGGUCGGGGAUGAAGAUGGCCCUGUUGGAGAAGACGAGGUGCGACAGCAACAGGAUGACAACGUUCUGGAACUCUCCACGCCGGCAGGGGAAAUUGUGGCACGAACGGAUAGUCAGUCACCAGCCGGACCAGAGAAACUUACUCGUGAAGAGGACGCCGAAGUUGACAGAAAAGAGGUAACCGAGGUAUGCGAGACAGCCAUCGCUGGUUCAGGUGAAACUGAACAAGCGAUCUCUCCCAGGGCACCAUCACCAGCAGCAGAAUUAGCAACCGAACAUCCGACAUUGCCACUGUUGACACAGGAGAAAACGAAUGUUGCACCAGUUUUGAUAGAAACAUCAACUUGUCUAUCCAAGCCGGCUGAUAGAGAAUCUUCAGCGCCAGCAAAACCCGUAUUGUCAGUAGAUGCAUCAUCGCUUUCCCCUGUAAAAGAGGUUUCGAGAAAACCCGAAUCGGUGUCGUUUUCAGGGAGUACUUUGGUGGAAGCAAAGUUCGGGCUAGAAAAACCGCAAAUGCAAGAAAAGAACACCGAAGGGUCUCUGCAGCAUUUAGCUGAAUGUCCUAACGACCACGUUCCAAGACCAGACACUGGAGUGUCCGUCGCACCGACCAAGAGCACCCUUCCGCAGUCCGAAGCUAAAGAGCAGACUUUGAUCACCGUUACUAGUAAGCAAGGGCCCAAAUCAACUACAAGCGCCUCAAUCAUUGCACCCCAAGGAAAACUGGAGAUCAAAAAAGACGACUUGAACGGAAGCACGGGCAAGCAAAGUCAAGCCGGGUCAGCAAAUGACAACGGAGCAGAACCGGACUGGUCGAUGGUGGCUGAAAGAGGCAGCGACGAGGAGACGGGAUCUGAACAAGAGAAGGAAAGUGAGCCCAUGUCCACGGGAGCUGUAGCAGAGGGAAAGAGUGAGGGAGAGCGCAGGGGGGUGAAGAGGCCACGUGCAGAAAGAGCCAGGGGCUACUACGAAUUCAAGGAGGAGAUCAACUACAACCGGGCGAAGUCGCCGGAGCCCGAACCAGAGGCAGAGGAGGAAAGGGAGCUGGAUUCUGGGUUGGUGCAGUUGGAUUCAUAUAACUGUGACUUGCACUUCGAGGUCGGGCAGGAUGGGUACAGUGGCCAGCCAAUGUUUUCAGAGAAGUUCCCCCUCUUGUGGUCGGGAUGCCGCCUAACCCAUGGAUUCAAUCAGGGAAGCGUGGGCUUUGAGGCUAAGCUUGUGAAGAAGCUACCAGCAGCUCACUUAAACGCAGAAGAUCCCGGCACUCACGUUUUAAGAGUUGGCUGGUCUCUCGACAAUUCCAGCUUCCAGCUCGGUGAGGUGGAGUUGUCUUAUGGUUAUGACGGGCGGGGCAAAAAGGUGACCGGUGGCAAGGAAGAGGAGUUUGGGGAGUCCUUUUCUGUGGAUGAUGUCAUCGGCUGUUAUGCUUCCUCCUCUGACGGCGAGGUGGAGCUCUCCUUCUGGAAGAACGGCUCCCCGGUCGGCUCGGCGUUCUCCGUGAGCCUGGCCCUCCUGGCCGGCCGGGCCCUGCACCCGCACGUGCUCUGCAGGAACGUCAGCGUGGCCCUCAACAUGGACCCCGCGGGGUCGCCGUGGUUCCCCGGGCCCCCGGGACACACCCCGUUCCCGGCCCUAGCCCCUGAGCUUCGGGUCCGGGCCCCGCUGCCCCCAGUCUCCAAGCAGCAGUGUGAAGUGUUGAUGAUGGUAGGCAUGCCUGGUGCUGGGAAGUCUCACUGGGCCCAGGCGCACAUGACCCAGAACCCAGAGAAGCGCUACAACAUCCUGAGCACACACACCAUCCUCCGCUGCAUGAAGAAUGCUCCGGAGUCUGAGGAGAAGGACCAGGUGAUUCAGCAGGCCACUCAGUGCGUCAGUCAGCUGAUCAAGGUGGCAGCACGCAGGCGACGAAACUACAUCCUGGAUCAGACGAACGUGUACACCUCAGCACAGCGGCGAAAGCUGCUGCACUUCGGCGGGUUCCAGCGCAGGGCGGUGGUCGUCUGUCCCGCUGACGAGGAGUGGAAGCGCCGCCUGGUAGCUCACCAGCAGCAGGAGGGCGAGGAGGUGCCGGACACGUGCCUCCUCAAAGUGAAGGUGAGCUUCACUCUGCCGCAGCAGGGCGAUUAUCUGGAGGAGGUGCUGUUCCCGGAGAUGUCCCGCGAGGAGACCGAGAAACUGCUGAGCGGGUACAAGGAGGAGGCCCGUCGCCUGCUCCCCAGCCAGCCCAAACGCAAGAGACACCGCAGCAACCGCAAGAACAGGCCCCCACCGAGCGGCCCCAGCCAGCCGCGCCGCAACCAGCCAGACUGGGGAUAUGGAGGGCCCAGAGGAGGAUAUAGCCAGCGAGGAUAUGGCCAUCAGCCAUAUUGGGGACCACCACGCAGAGAGGAAUACCGGCCAUUCUACAGUCAGUACCGCAUGGAAUAUGACCCGUUUUAUGGCCGCAACUAUGACCCGCAGCGGUACAGAGAUUACUACCAGCAAUACACUGGAGAGUGGAAUCGCUCUUUCCAAGACCAGGGUCACUAUGGCAACAGGAACUAUGGUUACGGCAGCUACCGUGGGUAUCGAUAAACCAAAAAAGAAUUAUCUCUUAACAGUGCAGCUAAAAUAAUUUCUGUUCUUACUUUUUUUAAUCCGUCAGAAAGAAAAGGCUAAGUGUCCAUUUCUAUUCUGAAUCUUGGGGAUUUUAAUAUUUUAUUCAAUCUUUUCUAUUGUUUUUCAUUAUAUUUUGGGUUUUUUUGGUUUGUUUUAUUCUUUUUUCUCAAUAGGAAAAAACUACCACUCACUAGAAAAUGGAGAGUGCUAUUUUAAAAUAAUGGUAAUUGGGGGGUGGUUAGCGAUUGGUAAUGUUAAAAACCUUUUUAUAUUUUGUAAACUUAAAGAAUGCAAAGGUUUACAUUUCUGAGGAGAUUAAUGGCCAUAAUUUCGGAAUAUGUUCCUGCAACAAUCAAGAGCUAAUACAUUUUUUUUGUUAGAAAUGAGACUAAUUACAUUUAUGCAGUCUUAAUGUUUGAAAACGCCUAAUUUUACUGGACAUUUUAUACAGUGUAAAUAGAUUUUCUAUAUCAUAAAUCACUGUAAAUCUCCUACGUCAUACAGUGCUUCCUUUUUAUAUUUGCUUUUACAUUCUGGCUCCCAUUUUAUGCAUUUUUGCUAGUACUCUUUAUAACCUGGUUCCCUGAUUGUGGAUCUCAAGGAGUGAGUACUGUAAAUGUGCACACGCAUACAUACACACACACACACACACACACACACACACACACACUCAAACGUCUUACAUUUCAGUCUUUUCUUAUUAGUUGAUUCCUAUUUCGGGCCAGUUAAAAAGAAACUAGUUGAAUUUAUUCAGGGAAAAGGUUUUGAGAAGCUCUCUGUGUGCAGGUGGCCCGUUCGGGCCAGCCGUGUUUUAUAUUUAGUAAACUUCAAAUAUUACUUUUGUUCAAAGCAAAUCCUUUUGCUUCAAAUAUCUAAUCCAUCUAAAUCAGUUGCUUUGUGUACUAAUCCGUAGUGGUUUCUUUCAAGUUUUUUCAUGCGUGUAGUUUUCCUUUAUUGGCUCAAGCUUUGGCCUAGAGAUUCAUGGUUCUGUACAUUAAUUUGGUGUGUGGGUGUACACUGUCAAUUCUCACUUUUUUUGUUGUUGUUGCCAUUUCUCUUGCCUUUGUCAUUCAAUCGAUAACCCAUGAACAUUAUUACUAUGCGAUAUCAUUACAAUAGUAAGGCAGCCUACUGUUCAUUUUCACCAGGAUAAAUCAUAUUACUUUGCCAUUGAACUUAAGUUAGAAUGAUUCAGGAAUUGUCAGUUAAGGGGGUCUCUCAGCCUUUGUUAAAUGACCCCUCUGUCUUGACUUUUCAGGGAUUUUGUAGCUGAAACUUUCACUUUUAUAUUUAUCAGUUACAAAAUGAAGCUUCAUAUAAAGAAUUUAGCAGUUGUUUAUAAUCCAGGAUCCUGGAUGUUUGAUCAAGCCUUUUCUGUUGACCAUUAAGAAUUGACUGAAGGUUUGCAGGAAGCCAAAAAUACAUGUAUAACUGAAGGUUAGUGUUUAAAUGUAAAUAUUACUUAGACAAUAUGAUGUAAUACACUUUUUAUCCAUCAAACACUGUUCUGGCAAAAAGAAAAAGCAUUGAAAUAACUGUGCUCGACAAGGCAUGCGGGUGAGAGAUCCCCUUGGACUGACUGUUCAAGAAGUUUACUCCAGAUUUAGCUGGAGUUAAAUGUACAAUUGAAUGUUGAAGUUUAUUACAGUUGUGCUAUUUUUUUUUUUUUAAUUGCUUGUCGUAUUAAUACAAUUUAUUGAAGUUGGAGAGCAGCUUAAUUUUGCACUAUGUGACAUGUUUGUUUAAUCAGGGCUUGUUUGAUCAUUGAAAUUGUUUCCCAAAAUAACAUUGUUGAACAUUUUGUAUGUAUAAAGUUGCAUAUAUUGUUAUUUUAAAAUUGCACUUUUUUGAAAAAGUUGACAUGAAUGCACAAAAGGGUGUUUUUACAAAUGAUAGUGUGGAGUCCUAGAAUGCAGUUGAACCUUAAAGCUAAAACAUGCUUUAGUUGCAUGUAUUGCUGUUAUUGUGGAUGCUCUCUUGUUCUUCCUGGGGAGCGGGGGGGGGGCAGGGGAUAUUAUUCAGAACACCCAGCCUUACUUGAAAAACAUACUUUUGUCUAGCUCACUGAAUAAAAUAAAAUAAUACCAAAUGGGGGAAAGCAGCCCCUAAACAAAAAUAUACAUCCUAAUUUUAAAAAAAAGAUUUUAGAAUUUGGUAAGAAUUGUCAUUAUAAUGUUGUUACCACCAUUCUAUAUUAGUUGAGUAAUUAAUCCAUUUCUAUGCAGAGCCACAUAUGGGCAAAGUCCUCUAUUAUUUUUGCACUGUUUUAUUUAUCCAUCCAAAUAAUGCUUUUUUAUUUUAAUUUUUUUUAAAGCCAUUCUAACCUUUUGAAAAAAGUACAUUUCUAUCGUUUUACUUGGCUUCUGAUGGUUCUGACUAUUAAAAUAGCCCUAUAGGAUUUUUGUACAAGAGUGUAUCAUUAGUAUAGCUGCUGUUUUCCAGGCCUUUGGAGAAUGAUUAUAUUGAGAAAAUAUUUGAAAUAUCAUCUUGUAUUCAGAUGAUUCACAUUUUAUUUUGGAAUGGAAAAAAUAUCACUAAGGUUGUCAUUGCAAAGAAAACAUCUAAAUGAAUAUUGAUUUUAUUUUGUUUAAGCAUGGAAGAUAGUUUGAGGCCAAUAAAGCAAAGCAUUUUACUGAAGAA